GAAGACCAUUUUUGACCGAUCUGACUUGCCGUCGUUCUGCAGGAAGCCGCAUUGUGUUGUGUAUUUGCAGUAAACGCGUGAAAAGCUCUCUGAUUGAAGCAUCUAUUUAUCUGUUUCAUACUCUUAUUUUGCGCUGAUUAACAUAAAUUCAGCAUCUGAAUAUAUUCCUGUUGUGAAACAUAAUUUGAUCUCUCGAUUGUGUAGAAAUGAAGCCGUAGAGGAGGGUUUGGUGAACCUUUCUGAGCUGUUAUUGUCUCAGGGAAGCUAACUGCGCUCAGUCUGAAUCUGUUUACUGUAUUUUUUUAAUUUUUUUUGGAGGAAUUUGAUCUAAAAUGAUGAAUUAUUCUGAUUACGACUCUGAUGGAUAUUCUUCUAACGAGGACGCAGACUACGUCCCGUCAGGUGAGUAGCAGACGUACCUGUCAGGUAACAGGUCAAAACUCUGAGCAGGUGAGAGGGUUCAUGUUUCAGUGUUUUACAUCAAGAAUAUUUCACUUUAUUCACCCAAAGAUACGAGAAUGAUACUGUAUAAUGAUCAGCUGCUUCAAUGAAAAUCAAUAAGAGUUUAUGAGAAUUUAAAAAUAUAAAAUUUCUACUCUAAAUUAUUAGGACAGUUAGAUUGUAUGAAGAGAAAAUGUAAAUGUAAGAAAAUGACAUCAAGAUAAAUAAUUUUACAACUUUUUCCACCUUUAAUGUGACCUAUAAUCUGUUCAAUGCAAUUGAUUAACAAACUGAAACCUUUAAGGGGAAAAAUAAAAAAUAGAAAAGUUAAAAUAACCUGGUUGCAUAAAUAUACACACCCUUAAACUAAUACUUUGUUGCAGCACCUUUGGCUCUUAUUACAACACUCAGUCUUUUUGGGUAGGAGUCUAUCAGCAUGGCACAUCUUGAUGUGGCAAUAUUUGCCCACUCUUCUUUCCAAAACCGCUCCAAAUCUGACAGAUUGCGAGGGCAUCUCCUGCGCACAGCCCUCUUCAGAUCACUCCACAAAUGUUCGAUGGGAUCAGGUCUAGACUCUGGCUGGGCCAUUCCAAAGUCUCAAUCUUAUUUCGGUAAAGCCAUUCUUUUGUUGAUUUAGAUGUGUGCUUUGGGUCAUUGUCGUGCUGAAAGAUGAAGUUCCCCAAAGCAUGAUGCUGCCACGACCAUGCUUCACUGUAGGUAUGGUGUUCUUUUGGUGAUGAGCAGUGUUGAUUUUGCGCCAAGUAUAACUUUUGCAGUGAUGCCCAAAAAGUUCAACUAUGGUUUCAUCAGACCAUAACACAUUUUCCCACAUGCGUUUGGGAGAAUUCAGAUGUCUUUUUGCAAAUUAAGCCGGGCUUGGAUGUUUUUCUUUGUAAGAUAAGGCUUCUGUCUUGCCACCCUACCCCAUAGCCCAGACAUAUGAAGACAGUGGGAGAUUGUUGUCACAUGUACUACACAGCCAGCACUUACCAGAAAUUUCUGCAGCUCCUUCAGUGUUGCUGUCGACCUCUUGGCAGCCUUCCUGACCAGAUUUCGUCUCGUCUCGUCAUCAAUUUUUGACAGAUGCCAUAUUUUCUCCACUUGAUGAUGACGGUCCUCACAUAAUACAACAGGCAUAAUGGAAAUAAUAAUAAUAAUAAUAAUAAUAUAAACUUUGUAAGGACAAGAACUCAGAGCCGGACUGAUGUGGACCACAGUCUUGGUCUUGGUGAGGACUCUGGGUCCUCUGUCCUCACAUUAGGACUCUGUCCUAAUGUGGUUUCUGGGGCUCAGGUUGACUUGUGGCUGUUCAGCUUUAGUGUCUGAAACUGUUUACUGACUCUGAAUCUCUUUGUUAACUGAGGCCCAUUAUGGAUUUGUUCAUGUCAGGACCAAGCUGACUAAAACAGACCAUAUAUCAUGUGUACAUAAAUGAAAAAGACUGGAAAACAAUCAAGUUAUCAUCUAAUAAAUAAACACAGUAAUAUUAGCUUUUCCAAACACGAGUAAAAUGAUGUAAAUAAGAAAACUCACAGCGAUAAACAUCACACAGAAACAGAUGAAAAAUGUCUCUGAUCAAUGAGUGCCGUCCUUCUUCUGGUUAAAAUAUGAAUUUAAAUGAAAGAUUUAUCUGAAACAAACAAGUAAAAAUGUGUUUUGAAGGCUCCUACACCAAAAGUUAACAUUUUAAAGAAAGUAGUGUGAUUUAAAUUAGACAGGCGUCACCUCUAAUGAGGAGAGGAAUCACUCAGACAGAGCUGGAGAUUUGUGAACCAUGAGCCUGUUAUUCCUCCAUAUUCCCUCCAGCAGUAGAUUUUUUGGAUUUCUGUUUGUAGUUUUCUAGUUUAUAGAGGAGCGCUGUGUCUCUGAGACCCACUGCAGCUCUGUUUAACAUGUCCUGGUCCUUAUUCGGUUAUAUUAUAUGGGGCCAGACUGUCAGCUUUCUGUCUUUGUCCCCCUCAGAUGACAAUCUCAGUGAGGACGACAUCAAUGAGUGUGAGAAAGAAGAGCCUCUGCACAGGGAUGACGAUGUGCCACAUCCUGAGAAAGACGGAAAGAAGAAGAAAAAGAAGAAAGACCUGAGUGUGAGGUGAGAAGUAGGGACUGAAGGAGUUAGAGUGUUACAGAGUCAUUAAACAAACGUUCUGGUUCAAAUACAACACAUGCAAGAUCUCCAUAAAGGUCCCAGACAGGAUCAUGUUCAGUGUUUGAAGAAUGAGGGAAAAAUGACUAAAAAUAUCUUGAAUUACAUCCAAUAUUUCUUAGUUGUUUGCUAAAUAUAUUUGUUAAUGUGGUCAAAUGGUUGAAUAGUUGUUGUUUAAUGGUUUCCACUGUCAGAGGACUCACACAGUAAAGUUUGUCAUAAAGAAUAUCUCUCUUACUCAUUCAGAUUAUUUUUAACCCCAAUAUAAAUACAUUUCAAACCUCAUCAGGUCUCAUGUUUCUGCACUAUUGUCGCUAUGCUGGAGCUGUAAAGCUGUAGCUGUAUAAAAGUGCCUGCUUUAGUUCAUAUACAGUUGUCUAUGGUUAUACUGGUCGUAAUGAAGUUUGAAUAGUUCAUGAACCGUGUUAAAUACUUGAUUCUGAUUGGUUGAUACUCCAAAGCAGUGGUCUGAUAGGUCUUGACGGCACAGUGGGGUUUUAGAUACAGCUCUAAGGGCAUCUGCGGUCACUUUACUCACAGUGGGGAAGGAAGAAGGUCACCUCAGGUCAGCAUCUUGACUCAUGUGGUUCACACACCUUCACUGCAUCUGUACAGACGGUCUGGAGUUCUUCCUCUGGACCGGGUUGUUGUAUCUGUCAGCUGAUGUUGCUGAAUCACUACAGGGAGAAAACCACGUGUACUCAGAUCAGACCUCGGAGAAAACAGAUAACAGUGUACAAUUAUGUGUAAUUCACGCUGCUUUUAGACCUGAGACCUGUUCUCUUUAAAUCUUUAGGGUUCUUGGAUCAGAGGUCAAUAAACUGGGUCUUUGUUUUUACAGAAAGAGGAAGAAAGGAGUCCUGAAAGUGGACAAAGAGGAGGAGGAUGGUGAGGGAGCGGAGGAGGCUCAGUUGCCAAAGGAGGAGGAGGAGGAGGAAAAACCGUCUGGAGUCAACCAGGACGAAGAGGAGAAGCAGAAAAAAAAGUCAGAUGACCUCUGGGCCAGUUUCCUGUCUGAUGUUGGAUCCAGACCCAAAGAGCCAAAACCGAUUUCACAGUCCAGCUCCACCCAAAAGGUAAACACUAAACCAGAGGGCAAAUUCAAAAACCAAACCAUUAUGGGCUUCUAGAUUUCUGAACCAUGAUCAUGUUUUUAUCCCCAGGAUGAUCUCUCACUAAAGAAGGUCACUCCGCCAAGCACAGAAACAAAAGAGCCCGCAAAAGUCACCAUCACUAAAGUUUUUGACUUCGCUGGAGAAGAAGUACGGUAAGUCUAAGAGAGAAAAACUCUAUGAAGAGUAUUUUCAAUAAAUUCUGAACUUUUGGGGAACGACUUUCACAAAACCAUGAGCACACAGAUACACAAUUAUUCUCUGUAACUGUGAAGGAAAAAAGCUGGUUUAGAUUGAAAUGUAAAUAUAGUGAAAAAGUUCAACCAUUAAUUUUUAAUUUCAGACAUGUUAUAUUUGUACUGUCCUCAUAUGAUCUGUAUUUGUUCAGUUUUCAAACUGCAAACAUUAAAAAAAAAUUCUCUGAUUGGCUGUAGGUUUUAACUCUGACCACUAGGUGUUGCUGCACACUCAGAAAAAGUGUAUCUGCAUGAACACAAACACUCACCUACAGCAUGUUCAAAUGCUUUUCCUCUCAGAUUUCUGUCAUAACCAGACAAAGAGGAGCGCUGUUGUUCUUGAUAUGUGAAAGUAAAAGCAAAUAAAAACAAGAUUUUUCCACUAAAUAGAAAAUUUUGAUUCAGUGUCACUUAUGAUUAUGUAGUUAAAGGAGAUGGAAACAUCUAUUAAGAUAUCCCACCCUCCUCCAUAAGUCGUUAAAAUUUGGAUACCUUAUCUUAAACUCAUCUAAUUUUAUAUCAAUAAUUAGUUACUACCUCAGUCUUAGAAAACCAUAAUAAAUAAAUCUGACCUCUUAUGUUUUAAAGGGAGUCAAAGUUGGUGUCUUUAAAUAGUCUGGUUAACCUUCAAGAUAAGUCACUGCUAUGCUAACAAACUGACUCUGAACGUUCAGCGUUCAGGAAAAGAUCUUCACCCCUGUGAAAACAGUCCUUUUGUUUAAUUCCUGUCAUGACACUAGGACAAACUUCAUUGAGUGUUAAUCCUUUAGUGUUAGAGUGCCCUCUGCAGGAUCACAAGGCAAAUUAAAGCACACUGGUUGUUGUGAUGACAACAGUUACAGUCUGAGCUUUCUCUUUUGAAGCUUGGACAGACAUGUGGACUCUGUACGAGACAUUUAAACAUUUAGACACAUCUCUGAUUUCAGCUUGUAAACUCCACAGGUCGUGUUCUCCAAGUUCAGCUUGACUGGACAUGAGCAUAAAUCUACCACUUCUCAGACAGCACAUGAAUACGAGGACAGGUCUCUUUGCUCUAUGUGAAAGUCCCCCAUCAAAGCAGUGUCCAUGAAACCAGUUCCACCUUGAUGCUGUUGUACCUGCAUCCUGGGCCCACCUCUGAAAAUCUGGUGAAACUCUCAGAGAGCUGCACACAGCCUGAAGCAUUUCCCCCUCCUUGUGCAAAAUCCUGCCGACUCUGACCAGAACUUUCUGCAGAUUCAUGAGAAGUUUCUGUUUGUUUUGAACAUGACAGCAUCUGCAGGUUUCUGAUCGUCAGAGCUCUCUGUCAUGUUUAUUUUGUGUCUUUGUCUCAGUGUAAUGAGUGUCCUCUGUGAAUUAUAGAUGGAACUCGGUGUUCUCGUUGUCUCUGGAGCAUCUGUACAGAUUUUCAGUGCAUUAUGUAAAUCUGUGUCACUUUUUAAUUUAUAACGACUCAUCUGAGCGCAGCUUUAUUUAUUCAUGUUGCACCUUUCUCUCAGGCACACAGCAAAAUGUGCUUCGCGGAGCAGGGAUCUGAACAGUGCAGAAACAGAGCACAGCAGAUGCAUUUUACAAAAUUAAAGUAUAAGCAAUAACAUCUUUAAAAUUGAUCAGAGCAGCUCAGUAAUUAGAUUCUGUGUAUGGAGGAGAGGCAUGUGAGAGCUUAGGGCAGGAUGCAGCUGCUCAGGUUGGCUCAGGCUUUUUAGAAGUCCUCCCCAAUUUCCACUCAUUCUUCUGUAAUGUAAUGUAACUUUCCAGCUGUCCAGGGAAAAGCCUUAAAAUGUAUUUAAGCCAAUCAUGCAACUCAGCAAAAUGUAAAAUGAAAAGAGAAGAGUGAAAAUCUGAGAUUUCUCAAGGAUUAAAUAAGGAAAAGAGCCUCUGCAGAGAUAACUUUGCUGCUCCACUCAAAGAAAUUCUCUGAAAAGACGUGUAAAAGUGAUUUUAGUGAAAGUCUGUGGUCAAAGAGUUCACUGCUGAUGUGAUAUUUCAGGUGUAAACAGCAUCAGACACACAAAGAGACACCAGUCACAAACUCACUCAUUGACUCGCUGCAGUGAUUUGUUUUUCUUGAUACCAUACAGGUUUACUUUUGGUUUCAUUUCCUUCACGUAGUCCUGGUUUACUGUAAAGACCCAAAUUAGGCAGCAUAACUGGGAGGGUGGGGGGUUCACAGAAACACUUUUUGAAUUGUUUGCAUUUCUUAUUCACCAACUUCUGUCCAGUUUUAUUUCUGAAACCCUGUCUAUUUUUGCCUUUGUGCAUCAGUCAUCUCGUUUCCCCGCCAGUGUGUAAUUCUCUGUGUGAUGGUCCAAUGAAAAGUUUCAGGGGGUUAAUAUUUGGUGAAGUCAGUUAGGAGCUGGAUGAUGGUGAGCGUGGUGAGGUUUUUUCUGUGUGAUUUGGAGAAAUUGGCUGAGAUGUUACAACUUAAAAGAGAGCAUUCUCUCCUCUUCUUCUUCUUCAUUGGACUCUUUUGGUGUUUUGGAGAUCCUGGGAGUGAGGACGGAUAUUGGUGGGUUUGUCAGUGGAAAACAGCCUUCCUCAUCUUUAGAGAUGAUUUUGAUUUUGAUAACACUAGCUGUGUUUACAUGCGGACAAAUAAUCGGAAUAAAUGCCCGAUCAGAAUAAAAAAGUGUCAUGUAAACAAGUCGAGCUGAAGAUUCUGAUCCAAUUUGGCUCAAUCCGAUAAAAAUUGUAUCCCAAUUGAGAGGGGUGGUUUAUGCCGAUCAUUAUUCCGAAAAGUGUCCAUGUAAACUCUUAUUCCGAUCGUGACUCUCUUACCUGACUCGAUCUUCACUCUUUAGCCUUUGGUUUAUUUAUUGAGGCCAGUUCAUUAUUAACACUCUGGAUUUAAACACAACCGCAGGUUUCGUGUCUGCUCCUCUGUUACCAUAACUAGGCGUACAUACAACGUAAUGUUGUCACAUCUGUACGCACAGUUUUAAAAACUCACUUUUACAGACUUGCCUUUAUGUGAUGCCAUCUUUCAUCUUUUAUUGCCUUUUACCGUUUUUAUUUUUCUCCUUUUUUCUUUUACCUCUUUCACCUCUUUCUUAUUUAGACUUACUGCCUUUUUAGCCUUUGUUUUACUUAUAAUCUUUUUAUUGAUUUUAAUGUUUUCAUUUUCCUUUAUUUUAUAUAUAUAUAUUUAAUUCCACUUUAUCGUUUAUAUUACCAUCAUUUUAUUUUAUUAUGAUUUUAUUAUUAUUAUUAAUAUCCUCUUUCAUACUUACUAGCCUGUUUUCUUCCCUCCUUUUCUAUUUCUUUUUUUUGCUUUUAUUUUGGUCCUCAUGGUCCCAUUUAUUUUGUAGGGUUCUUGUAUUGCCUGGGUUUCUUACGAAAAGUGAAACAGGCCUACAAUUCAGAGGCCUGUUUUUAACUGAGCUUUUGUUUUUAUGUGUUUUUAUUUUCAAUGUGCUGAUGCUCUGUGCUUACAAAUGUUGUCUAAGCACUUUGUAAACUUCUGUUUUUAAAGGUGCUAUAUAAAUAAAAAUUAUUAUUAUUAUUAUUAUUAUUAUUAUAGUGCAACCUUUGACAGGACAGUAAAAUAAGUAGGCAAGGGUGCCAUCUAGUGACAACAUUUAACAGAGGCAACACUCCUGAAUGGAUGGAGUGAGACACUACUGCAUUUGUUGGUUUGUUGACAGCACAGGCGUAAAUACAACUGGUUGUUUAAGCGAAAUCAGACAACUCUGCGCAUGUCCAAAUGCUUCUAAUCUGAAAAAAGUUCGUUCAAUGUAUAUGAACGUCAUGACUUGAUUAUUUGAUUUUGCACCCAUAUAAACAGUGGAUUCAGAUUAUCCGAUCCCUCAAAUUUUUUAUCGGAUCAAGAAAUUUUGCCAUCUAAAUGUGGCUAAUGAUAACUCACCAAAAUCUUUAAUAGAUGGUAGGGACUAAACAAAAGUGGACCCCCACCCCCCAAACAAUAACUUUACCUUCAUCUGAAGCAGCUCAGGGAGCAGCAGGCAGUUACUGCUCCUGCUAAGAUUAUUGAAGGACCAUUGUGUCUACAACAGGAGGAGCAACAGGUACUAACCAUCAGGCAGCUACAGGAGGAGAGAGGAGAGCAGGGAGAGGAGGAGGAGGAAGAGGAGAGAGGAGAGCAGGGAGAGGAGCAGGAGGAAGAGAGAGGAGCAGAGAGGAGAGCAGGGAGAGGAGCAGCAAGGAAGAGAGAGGAGCAGAUAGGAGAGCAGGGAGGAGAGAGGAGAGCAGGGAGAGUAAGGGGAGGAGGAGGCAGGUGGGUGUCUGAAAAGUGAAAGGACAGAAUGAGGAGAGAUGCUGCAGUGAUCUCAAGCCCCAGAAAUCUAAAGACUGUUGUGUUUAACAGUGAGAGAUGUUCUGAAUCAUAAGAAACUUCAAGUCUUGAGGUUUAAAAGGAUGUUUUAAAACCCACUUUUUACCCUAUUUACUUUAUUUUAUAGGAUAAAAAUACUUUCCCCACUCCAGAAUGCCUUGUCCUCUAAAAGUAUAUCUGAUAGAGUCACAAGUGUUUCUUUAGAGAUGAGCUCAAAGACAAAUGUAGAGAAUGAUGUCAAAAAGACUGUGGAGAGGAGGAGGUGAGCUCACAGCUUUGGUAGCUGUAGAUCAGGAGACUCACAAAUAUUUGUGUGUGUCCCAUAAACAUCCCUAAUUAUCACUGUCACAGUCAUGCUGUAUAUCAGACAGACAGGGUUUUCGGGUGUCUCAUUUUUACUGUGUAUCGUGAACAUACAGUAAAGACGCAGACAGACACUCCCUGCAGACAGAAAACAUGUCUCCUUCUAAAUGUUUACAUCCGUCUGUGUUUUAUUCCUGACAUAAUGCCACCUAUAACUCAUCUGAUUGAUUAUGCAUGGAGCUGUUUGCUCUGUAAUUACACAGGCAUAACAUUAGCACAUGGAUGAUGGUUCCCCCAGCUGCAGUAAUACUGCGCACUGAUGUUUGUACCUGUGGAUUAAGUUUUUUCACAAAUAUAUCUCGGUUCAUCUGUGGACAUCUGUCCUCGAGUCCUCUCAGUUUAUCCUCCUCUAAACUCAGAGCUCUUCCUCCUGUCUGACACUUAAGAGAACGCUCUUCUUCCUCCUCUUCCUCCUCUUCCUCAUCCUCAGAGCUGUGUGUCCUCUCUGUGUAAUUAUGGCUGCAUAUAAUUAGCAUACAGAGCAGGCAGAGGCUUUCAGAGCCGCCAUGAUGGAUGCUGCUGUUUGUGGAGUCUGUGCAGAGCUGAUGUUCCCAGAGGACGCCGCGGUUAUUCCUCUUAUAGCUUCAAUAUGUUACCCCACACUUACACACGCACAAACACACACACACACACACUCACUCAGCAAGACAGGAGUGUGUGUAUGUGUGUGUACUGAGGGAGCGGCUAGCAUUCCUCAUAGUUCAUAAUUCACUGUUUAUCUCUGAGCUGUAGAUGCAGAGACUCAGCAGCUGUGUUUGUGAGAUAGGUGUUGAUGAAUGUUGAAGGAGGUUAUUUUUUGUGUUUGUUUUUAUACUAUAAGGAAAUUUCAAUAAAUAAUCAACGUUUGGAUGACCUUUGGUUUGUGUUCAGGCUGUAUAACUCUUGGUCUCCUCAUGAAACGUCAGUAAAUCUGUGUAGAUGUGCACAGAGAAGUCCUGUACCACAAACCUACUCUUGAACUUACCUACACUAUUGAAUUUACCUUUGGGGAUAAAUAAAGUUCCUCUUAUCUUACACUUGAUUCAUGAUCACUGCAGAAACUCUAAUCUGACUGUAAGCACAUGUUUGUUCAUGGAUGUACAGGCUGCCAGUCAGAACUCAGCAUACAUCUUCGCCCAUGAAUAGCCAGUGAACACCAUAUAAGGAGAUGUCGAUAUGUGCUUCCUGUGGUGCUGAGAAAGAUACAAAAUUGGUGGUGUGACACUCACCUUCAGAAUCCCACUGGUGGGCUCUGUAGCUGUCUAGGGUGCUGUGUGGGCUUCAUCAUGAACCAGCUCCUGUAGUAUGGGGUGCAUCAGCAGUGUCAUUAGGUAGAACCUGUCUCAGAUGGACAGGUGAGACCUCCACAGAAAACACACGCACAAGCUAAUCUGUGCGCACACAUUAGCAGUCUAUGUGCUAACACCUGAUCUUCAGGUCUUAGUGCUUUUGCCUCACAGCAAGCGGGUUUCUGGUCAGAACUGCUGUGCAGGAGCCUCUCUGUGCUGAGUUUGCCUCUUCUCAUCGAGUAUGUGUGGGUUUUAAUGCUUUUGUUAAAAUUUUAUUUGUUAAACAUAUUUGUUAUUAUUUUGUUAACAUAUAAAAAACCUCCAUAAACAAGUCAGGAGGCCACUACACUUUAAUCUCACUAUUAUCUUCCCUUGUUUAGUUACUUCAUUCAUGUUUAUUGAUGUUGUAUUAUCUGGAAUAAUCUGAGUUUAUUCAGUGUAAGUUAAGUGAGGAGAGGACUGUUGUUGAGAGUGUUUCAUGUUUUAAAUUAGGAACAGAGUAAACUCAACUCAACUCAACUCAACUCAACUUUAUUUGUAAAGCACCUGAAAACAACCACAGCCGACCAAAGUGCUGUACAUAAAUAGACAAAACAACGCAGACAUAAAAAACAAACAAACAAAAAACAAUGGAUAAAAUAAAAGCAAAUAUUAAAAAGUAAAAUAUAGUUUCAAUGUUUUUAAAAACUAAUUUAAAAACAUAGAAACAAAUAACUAAAAACAAACCAUAAAACACUAAAACAGGAGCCGAGUCUUAUGCAGGGUUGAAAGCCAAUGAAUACAAAUGGGUUUUAAGACGAGUUUAAAAAAUGGACAGUGUGGGGGCUUGUCUAAUUUGGAGGGGUAGCUCGUUCCAUAAUUUUGGGACCACAACAGAAAAAGAUAUUUCCCCUCUGAGCUUCGGUUUGGACCUCCGUACCUCCAGCAGCAGCUGAUCAGCUGACCUGAGGCACCAAGCAGGGGUGUAGGGGUGGAGAAGCUCAGAGAGGUAAGAUGGAGCCAGACCAUUUAAAGAUUUAAAAACAAAUAAAAGAAUCUUAAAAUGAACUCUAAAAUGCACGGGUAACCAGUGGAGGGAGGCCAGGAUGGGAGUAACGUGCUCCCUCUUAUGUACUCCAGUUAAGAGCGACUGCGUUUUGUACAAACUGGAGACGUGAGAGGGAGGACUGUCUGACUCCAAAGUGAAACUGACUAGGAUUUUAAAGAAUGUUUGUUAAACGACUCAGACAUUAAAAAUAAUGAGAUUGAGAUAUAGAAAUACAGACGCUAAUAAAUGAUAGAAUUCAAAUAACAGCGAACACUAAAAAGAAAUAAAUUGGUGAUUUAUGAACAAAUCAUCAGUUUUUUUUUAAUAUCUAUAGUUUAGUGGUUUUUGUCCUCCACAGUAGCUGUGGAGUCUUUUAUUUAUAAAUUUUGUAAAUUUAAUCUCCACGUAAAGUUGCUCUAUUACCUGGAGUUACUCACCUGUAUGUGUCUGUCUGUCUGUCUGUCAGGGUGGAUAAAGAGGUGUCAGCCGACUCCAGAGAGGCCAAGAGUUUCCUGAAGAGUCUGAACAGUCAAAAGGAAGGAAACACAGAAGAAGAGACGGAGACCUCCUCACCCUGCACAGCUCCACCUGGACCCAGGUACACACACACACCUGUACACAUAGCAUUCACACACAUACUUAUAAACACCAUCACAUGAGAAAUCUGUUAUUUUAUAUAUAAAAUAUAAACACUUUAUAUAUAAACCCUGAAGUCAAAGGUUUGUAAAAGUUGAGAUUCAGGUAAAUCUGGAAAAUAAUUUCAGCUGCAUUGUGUUAACAGAGCAGUUUGUAAUCAUCCAACAACUACACAUCAGCUCCUGUGUGUGCGUGUCUGUUUCCCCUACCUCUUAUAAUACCUUUUGUUGCCAUGGUGAUAAAUCACUAAGGGGUGUUCACAUCUUCCCACCAAAACCCCAGACAGGAAACAGGAAAUCAUCUUCCACAUCAGGAAGUACAGUGUGUCCACAAACCAUUUCCUAUUUAUCUCUGCGCAGUGUGUGUGUGUGCGUGCGUGCGUGCGUGCGUGCGUGCGUGCGUGCGUGCGUGCGCGUGUGUGUGAGUGUGAGUGUGUGUGUGUGAGUGUGAGUGUGAGUGUGCCUCGGUGUCUGAAGAAGGGGGACACCCAUCACAACAGGAAAGAGCCAUCAGCACCACUCCCUACUUAACCUUGGGCACACACACACACACACACACACACACACACACAGCCUGUGUACAUUAGUUUCACAGAUAGGACUUUGUUAUGAAACAGUAGUGUGUUUACUAUAGUCUAACUGUAGGGGGCUGCGCUCUUGAAUAGACAGGGGGCAUGGAUCUGUGAUGGAGAGGGGGGCAGGGUCAGAUGGCAGGUCUGGUGUCAAGAAAAGCAGGAAAUCAGAGCAGCAGAUCAUCCUCAGUGUGUUGAUAUGUGUUCAGAUAAAUAUGGAGUAAAGCCUCUUUAAUGUUGUGAUGCAACAAAAAGAAACACCGGGAUUUAAACGUUCAGGUAUCGCCACAGCCUUUCUGUAGCACAUCCUGAGGAGGGAUGUGGGAUGUUUGAUUUCUGCUGAUAUCAUAAAUACUGUUAUUUUCAAAGUAAUUUUGACUGUAUAGGAUAUUUGCGCACCUUUUAUCUCAGUUAGAAAAAGUUUCUCUUGGAGUUAAAGUUCUCUUGUGCUAAGAUAUACCUGUGACAGAGACGUUUAUUCCAGAGUGAAUAAUCGUGGGUUUUUUUUUUUGUUUUUUUUUUAACAAUAACAAAUAUGUCUGUUGUCUUUGUCCAACACUUCAAAACACUUUUAAAGCUGUUAUCUGCCUGAAGAGAUGCCAUAAUAAUAAUAUGCACCCAUAGACAUGGGAGAGGUACAAACACCUGUUGUGUCCAGCCAAAGGGAAAUCAGAGUGGAAUAUAAAAGUGACCACCCUCCCUGCUCCCUCCUUUCUCGACCACAUUACCAACUAUCUGCAGUCCAGAGAUGUUUCAUUCAUUUUUCAAACAUGAAAAGAUAAUAGAAAACUUCAGCUGCAGAAAAUGACAAACUAACAGCCUAGCAUCUCUUUGAUUAUCAAAGCCAUCUUACAUCAGAUAAGAAAGAUAAGAAAACACUGGAAAAUAACGUACGAACCCCAAAAACAGGAGAAAGUUAAUGUAUAAAUCUAAAGGCUGCUCUCUCUGACAUCAACCACAACUACUUUGCAAACACAGAUGUAUAAGCACUAUUUACAAAACCAGAGAGCAGGCCAUGUGUAGUGUUAAUGUGUUUCUCAUAUCUGUGUGUGAUGUUAGUGUGUUUCUGUCAUGGCUGUGUUAAAGACCCUCUCCGAUAAAAAUCAUGUUUUUCUUGUUUUUUACAUGUUCAUACAGCAUUUUUCUGAUGCUACAGGACAUAUCAUGAGAAAAGUGAGUGUGAAAUAUUUCUGUUGUAUGUAGUAUUUCUGCAUUCAAAUCGCUGUGAACCUCUCACAGACCCAAAUGGCAGGUUCAGAUGUAGUGGGAUUUCCUACGUCACAACUGCAAGCUCCGCCCCCGGAGCCCGGUUAUGCAGGCCAGACUGUAAGAAGUAGAGAGGACAGUUGCAGAACAUGGGUGUGCGUUAGCGGUUUGCUAAAUAUGAUAUUAGUUUUCAUCAUUUCCCCGAAGAAAUGAGUGUCUGAGAGCUGAGUAGCUCCCAUGUUACCUGCCACUUAUACUACACCGGCAAUGUUAGGCUACAAGCUAAAAGGAAGAGGAGUGUACAGAGCAGCGCUGUCUUUGCCCACGACUUAAAGGUGAAUAGCUAAUGAGCUACUGGAGCUCUACAGAGGAAAAGCGCUUGAAAAAUGACACAAGUAAUGUGACUUUUGCAAAAAACUUGGAGUAGAUAGAGAAAAGGUUCGGGGUGGGACUUUAAGUGUUUGUGUGUUUCUCAUGUCUGUGUGUAGUAUGUGAGUCUGUUAUGGCUGUGUGUAGUUGCGGAUCACCAAAAUGAGGCGGUGUUUUAGUGCUCACAGUGAUUAACGUGGUUUGAGUCCAGUCUGGCAGCAGUUAAUGAGAAGCGUGCUCUGCUGUGGUCUCACUGGAAUAUUAUUUAACUCUAAGUCAUGAGUGGAUUCUUUUAAAGACUGAGGCUUCAUGCUUUUUAAGUCUCUGCACUGAAGAACUCUCUAACCUGUUGGUACUGCAGGAUUAACACCAGAGUGACUCCAGAGAGCAAUGCUGCUGUGAGGCUGAAACAUGAGGAUUUGUAAUCUUUAAAAAUCAGACAGUGUUGAAUAACAGGAGGCAGAUUGUGAGAAGCAAGACUAGACUUAGGGAGCUCAAACUGUGAAUGAGGUGUUGGUAAUUUCCAGGAUUUCAAUUAUAAUGAGGGCUAAAUUCUGGGUUGGAGCUGUUGUGGUGUUGGAAUUUCCUCUGCAGCGGUUAAGGGUGCUGCACAUUUUCUGAGCCACAUGUUUCCUUUUUCCAUUUUAAGCUCAAAAUGUUGAUCAUGCUAUUUUUUGUUGUAAAUAUAAGCAUUAUCUUUGAUUACUUGAGACUUUCAGGAUUUUGCACUUACUGCUUUUAUGAACCAGCAAACUAGAUGGACCUUAAACAUGAUCAGUGCUUGACAAUAACAUCUACCAAAUGCCAGUCUGUGGGUUUCUUUAAUUGUACUUUUUGUUGUUGUCGCCUUAAAGGCAUCUGAAAACAUAACUCAUGACAAUGUGACACUACAACUCCCAUGAGCACCACCUGCACACAGCCAUUCACUAAUUGGUUCUUUCCUGAGGCCUGUUGCCUUGCAGUUAUUUGCACUGAAGUGUUUUAAAUACAACCUGCAAACAGCGCUCAAUUAAUUCACCCACCAUCCUGACAUUUAUCUUUUAUGUACAGUUUGUAUAUGUGUAUGUAUAUAUUAGGACUGUCAAAAUUAACACAGUCAUGCGGAUGAAUCCAUCAUCACUUAUAAUUUCAUUAGAAUUUUUAACGCGAUUAACCCAUCUCAUAUUCCCUGGCAACACAGUUCAGGCAGUUUGUCCAAGUAGUGUUUCCGUUGCGCAAGUGAAGAUGGGAAGUUAAUCCGGUUGUGACCAUCGACAUUUUAUACAUAGAUACCUCAUUACAUGCUGGAGUGUAAUCCAGCGUCGCCGCCAUAUUGGAUGGGCUCCCUCACUCUAGGCUCUCACUUGAACCAAAUAGAGUCAACGGAGAUCGAGCAAAUUUUCCCAUAUUUUGUGAACCCGAUGGUUGCAAAAACCAGUACAGUAUUGAAACCGGAUUACACAGGAUUACUUUUCACAAGUGAGAUUUAAUUAUUGAUUAUUUUGGUUAUUUUUAAUGUGUGACACUGCGUUUUGACCCACAGGGAACUUUUUAUUGCAGAUUUUGCAUGUUGCCUCGUCUACACUGGCUGGGUCUCUCUGUUUUAUUCAGUUCAAAGCUGUUGAGAUGUUACAUUUGAUGUUGUUCCCUCUGCAGCUGCUUUUGCUUUCUGUUUGAAAUUCUGCAGCAAUAAACAAACAGCCUGCAGGAAAAAACGCCACUCCUUACUUUCGAACAAACUGACUUAAUUUAGUGUCAGAGAUACAUUCAUGUAAAGCAAGGAGGACAAAGUGUAUCUCUGUGAUUUCUUAACUACACAAAGGUUACACAUGGUAAUUAGGGCCACGAGGCAAACACACCAGGGCAACUUAGAGGGAAGCUCUCCUCUUCCGGACAAAUUUCCAUUCAUUACAAAUCCUACAGCAUGAAGAGUUGUGGGACGAAUUAUAUGUCAAAACAUGUGGUUUGAUCAGGAUUGGUAAGAUAUUACUUUUCUCUGUUUUUUUUAUAUUUUUUUUGCGACCUAAGUUGCGAAAAAUUGCAGAAAUUGUUUUGCAAGUCAAUGGGAAAAAAAGAGCAAUUAUUGGAGUUCUUCAUCAUCAUGUACACACCCCAGCAGUAACCACUGUGGCCCUUCCAAAAUUUCCCAAAGGGAAUUUUCUAGUUAUUUCUGGAUUUCUGAUAUAACUGAAUUACACAGUUGUGCUUCAGUCCCUGCAGAGUUUUGCCUGUUGUGUGUUUUCAGUGUGUUCCUCUCCUGUGUGUGUUUUCAGUGGGAAGCGUCCUGCAGGUAUGAGCAGCCUUCUGAGUCGUAUUGGAGGAAAGAAACAGAAGAUGAGCACAUUGGAGAAGUCAAAGAUGGACUGGGACGCUUAUAAAUCAGAGGAGGGGAUUACGGAGGAGCUCGCCAUCCACAACAGAGGCAGAGAAGGGUAAGAACUGGGGAAGACGCUAAAAACUAGACAUAUUAUUAAAUUUGACACAUUUUUCUUUGAGUAACCUAUAGUAGUAACCAAUCAGUCUUUGAAUUGGCUUUAAAAAAUAUUAAAGGCUGUCCUGUACACAACUACAAAACCAAACUUCAAAAAUGUUAAGAACAGUAUAAACAUGGAAUCAGUAAGAAGUCUGAGCCUGUAACAAUUUAAGUUAAUAACAAUGUGAGCAAAUAACAGUCUAAGUCUAUAUCAGUCUAAGCCUGUAACAGUCUAUAACAGUCUAAGUCUAUAACAGUCUGAGUCUAUAACAGUCUAUAACAGUCUACAACAGUCUACAACGGUCUUUAACACUCUGAGUCUAUAAUAGUCUACAACAGUCUACAACAGUCUUUAACAGUCUGAGUCCCAAAGAGUCUUUAACAGUAUGAACCCAUAAUUGUCUACAACAGUCUAUAACAGUCCAAGUCUAUAUCAGUCUAAGCCUGUAACAGUCUACAACGGUCUAUAACAGACUUAGUCUAUAACACUCUACAACAGUCUUUAACAGUCUGAGUCUAUAACAGUCUUUAACAGUCUGAGUCUAUAAUAGUCUUCAACAGUCUACAACAGUCUUUAACAGUCUGAGUCUAUAAUAGUCUACAACAGUCUACAACAGUCUUUGAGUCUGACUCUAUAAUAGUCUAUAAUAGUCUACAACAGUCUUUAACAGUCUGAGUCCCAAAGAGUCUUUAACAGUAUGAACCCAUAAUUGUCUACAACAGUCUAUAACAGUCUAAGUCUCUAUCAGUCUGGGUCUCAAACAGUCUUUAACAGUCUGAAUAAUCACAGUGUGAGCCCAUUACAAUAUGAGCCAAUAAUAGUCUUAGACUAUUAAAGUCUAUAACAUUUUGGGUCUAAAACAGUCUUUAACAGUCUGAGCCUAUAACAGUCUACAACAGUCUAUAACAGUCUGAGUCCCAAAGAGUCUAUAACAAUAUGGACCUAUAACAGUGUACAGACAGUCUAUAACAGUCUAUAAAAGUUGGGUUAUUUUGCAGAAGGGCUGUAACCCGAGCAGUAGAGAGGGUUUUUUGCCUUUUUAGAUUCAGACUGGCAGGGGAUUCUGAAGGCACGGGGCCUGAAAACUGAAAGCUUUAACCCCCAGACUGCUUUCAGGGGUAUCAGGUACUUUAGCAGGCCUGCCUGCUGGGAGGAUGAAGUUCUUAUGGCCUAAUAGGAACUAUGAGCCCUUUAAGAUAUGAUGCUGUCUGGACAUGAAGAGCUUUGCUGCUCAGAAGACAGAUUUUAAAAUCUAUCCUGGAUUUCACAUGGAGCUGGUGUAGAGAAGCUUAUGCAGGGAAGAGAUGCGCUGCGGUGUUUUCAGACCAACUGUAGGUCCAGGCUGUAAUAUGUGGUUAUGAUUUAGGGUGAAUUGGGGUCAGGCUGGGACAAACCUACAGCAGAGAUUUGACGCAAUACUAUCAAAUGAGGAUUUGUUCAAAACACAACCAGUACUUUCCUUACCCUACCCCUAAACCAGACUACACUCUGAAAUUUAACAAUCUUUGCUCAAAAUAUCAGCUCCAAACUACAAAUCAUGUGUCCUAUUUUGUCCUUUUUUGCUUGAACUUAACUUGGAAACACAUCAUCACACGUCUUUAUACACUUAUCAUCAGAGAAUUCAUUUUUGUCCCAAAAAAGGAGGUCAGUCCCCACUGUAUGUAACACAUGUAAUACACACAAUAACACACAUUUAACACACACAGGCUGCAGGGACAGUUGUGUAACCCUGUCCUCUGUGAGAGAGGAGGACAGAAAUGUGGUUUAGAGGUGAAAAAGUGUGUAUGCAGAGUGUUUGACUGUUAUGAUAAAAGUAUAACUAAUGGUCUCUCUUUGUGUGUCUGUGUGUUUGUGUGUGUGUUUGUGUGUGUGUGUUUAGGUAUGUGGAGCGGAAGAACUUCCUGGAGCGUGUCGACCAUCGGCAGUUUGAGUUGGAGAAAGCAGUACGACUGAGCAACAUGAAACGAUGACAAGGACUGACAGCACACACUUUAAGAUGCUCACACACACACACACACACACACACACACACACACACACACACACACACACACACACACACACACACACACACACACACACACGCAGGCAUCCUGUAUCUGUUUGUGUGUAAUGACAGUCUCUGUUCUCUCAGUGAAGUGAGCUCAGACCGGUGCUGAGGUUUGGAUCUAUUUUAGGACGGAGUAUUAUUAGUUUCACAGCGUGUGUGACGGUGAGUGUUUAUAUACUUGUGAGAACCCUCAAACCUUCACACUCAGGACGUUUUCAGAAUGCGAGGUCACUCUGGUUUACACCCUCAAAGAGCUGAUUUAAGGCUGAGCUUCACGGUUUCGUUGUGGUUUAUAUCAUGUUUGGUCUUUUCUCUGUAGUUUUUCUCUGAAUCACGAUACUGUUCACUCUGUCAAUUAUUUGAAACUGGGAGCACAGUAUUGACAUUAAAAAGGAGUCUGGCAGGCCAAGAAAUAAGCAGGCACAGGAUUUUAUUACAAAAAUAAAACUCAGUUUAGUUAAUCCAGAGUAAGAGCCUGUGUCCUCUCAUGUUUUUUUGUCUGCCCAUUUUCUACUUCAGUACCGUCGUUCCCACUGACCGAUCAAAAUCAGUGAGUGACAGGACUUGUGAUAUCAGCUCUGAACAACAGUGAAGGGUACACAACAACCACGGUUUCAUAAGCGUUAUGAUGCUAAAAGGUUGUUAUAUAGGAACAACCAAAUGGGUAAAAAGUUUUCCAGUAGGACCUUGUACCUGCCCACAGGCCCAAAACUACCAGAAACUGGUUUUCCUGACAAUGGUGUCACUGUGCUUUGACAGUCCAGCUGACCAGUCUGAUUAAGAAGAAGAUGAGAGACACCAGAGUAACAGUACAGAUGAGCUGAAGGAGCGAUCGGAGACCUGGACCUCUGUGAGACUCCAGCAGAGACACAUACUGAUCAGCUUUAUGACAUGAUGCAGAAAUUCAUGUAAAAGGAGCCCAGACCAUGAGCUGAGAGCAUAGAUUCCCUUAAUUUUCAGGAGGUUCACCUUGCUGUAUCAUAAAUCUACUCAUUUGUACUGGGGUUUUGUGCUAUUCUGAUGUGUUGAGAUAGAGGCCUUUUGAGUUUUGUUAUGAGUCAUAAUCAAGAUUCAAACAAAAAGUUUUUAAAGAUUUCAGCUGGUUUUUGAGUGAGGGUAGUGAGGGUACCAAAAAGUAGUUCAUAAAGGCCUCAAGCUCUGUAUGUUUUGUUAAAGAUGUGAUUGUUGUUGGUGAGGGUACCAAAAAGUAGUUCAUAAAGGCCUCAAGCUCUGUAUGUGGGUGUCCCUGUAGAGAACUACAGUUCUCUCUUUGCUCCGAGCUAAGUCAUGCUUUAAGAUCAGUCGUCAGCUCCUGGUUUACAGUAAAUACAAACACCUUAAAUCCUGUUUUCCGUAUGUGGAACUGAACUAAAUUAAGAAUAAAUUUGUGCUCUUCCACUGAGACAAAGACUCAGAGAUAAGUGAAGCAUGAAGUGAAGUUGGAGCUACUGUUGAUGAAUAAUUGAAGACUGUACUCAGGAAUCAUGACUUUCUCUCUGUUUGGUUUGUGGGCUAAAUGCUGCAGCGUUCAUUAAGUUCAGCAGCCGACCUCAUGACGAAGAGCCCAAUCAGAGCUGUACUGGAAUACUGCAGCGUAUUCCAGUCACGCCACAGCUGCAGAAAGGACCCAAAAAUCUGACUGCUGAAUGAAUCCAGAGCUCAGCCUCCUGAUCCUUAUAUUAGCAUCAUACAAACUGAGGUUUCACUUUUCACCUAAUUUAACUGAUGAGUAAAUGCAACUCUUUUGUUCGGGGCCUACGGCCUUUCUUUGGUUAAAGCACAAAGUUUCAUAGUUUGAUCGAGUCGGAAAAAUUCAAUGUAAGUUAAACAAAGUUGAAAGCUCACCGAACUUAAUCUUUUCCUUAGGGAUAUACGACAAAGUGAGACUUGAGAUUACAAAACCUGCUCUGGAUGAGGUUAUUGGACUUCAGCUUUACUAAAAGAAACCCUAUUGCGCUGAUCUGCACAUGCAUAUAAUGUAAUAAUGUUACAGACUGAGCUAGGUUACAUACCGUGAUAUACACAGAUGUUCUUUCGGUCCUGAGAUUUCAGCUGUUUUCUCUCUCCAAAGACGAAGGCUUCAGAAAACAGUGGGAAGUUUGGAUGUUCUUUAAGGACAACAGAUAUAUUGUAGCCAUUAGAGCUCGCUACUUCGCUUUGGAAACAAAGACCAUACGAGCUGGAUUUGAGUCUCAGCUGGUACUAAAACCUGGAGCUGAUCAUCGAGAAAGACCGUCAUGAAGCUCAGACACACAAGCUGGAAACAAUACCACAACAGCAGAGAAUGUGUAAUGUGAAGCUAAAUGGGGGCUAAUGGUUAUCCUCAGACAUUUACUGUGAAAGCAUCACUAAAAGGUUUUUUUUUUCAUGAGUAACAGCUGUGGAAAAUGUGACACCUGACGAAGCAAAAAAAAAUAUAUUUUUUUUUGCCAUAUCUCUAGUAAAAAAAAAAAAGUCUAGUUAAACUUAAUCUAGACCAGAAACAUCUCACAGGUUUGGAAAAAAUGUCGAUUUUUAUUAAUCUGCAAAUAGAAAAGGAAACAAAAUAAUGUAGGUAUUGAAAUUAGACAUCUUCUCAUUCUGAAAAUAAUAUGUAACUUUUAUCUCAGGAUCUCUUGGUUUUUCAUGUUCAAUUUGCUUUUUUAAACACAUUGAAAUCAUUUCAGGUUAAUUUUGGUGUAAAAUUUCAGAAAAGACAUUUUAUGGACUUUUCAGGUAACAGUGAAGUUUAACUAUAAAUGAAACAAAAACAUUUACUCUGAUUUGCCGAUGCAUCAGUUGAGGGCAUCGGCUGGGUAAAAAGUAACACCCCAAACUGUGUCAGAUUUUCUAUCAGUGUUAAAGCAGCAAAUCAAACUGUUUCAAUCGGAGGCUUAACAAGAAAUGAGGCUUUCCCCAGACCUCAGUACGAGAUAGAUAAGGAUGUUUGAGCUGCUAAUUAUGCUAAGUUUUUUUUUCAGCAUCCCAGACUAACCUAAGGUUUCAUAUGCCAUAAAACUCUUUUUACUGUGUGUCCACUGGGUGUUUGAAAUAAGACUUCAUUAGCUGGGCAUAUGUCAGUAAAUAAUCAGGAAUAGGUGCAACACAUGACUGAACCAGGACAAAAAUGAAAUCUCAUAAUAAAAACAUAAAAUCUGUGUUUGUUUGUUUUUUCUAUCAGGUUCAGCUUCCUCCCCUAAAUAAAAACCUCAUAAAGACAG